AUGAGGCUGCUCAACGUCAAGACGAGGAAGCUGGAGGAACACUACGGGGAUAGGAUACCGCCAUAUGCUAUACUCUCGCAUACCUGGGGUGCCGAGGAGAUCACCUAUAAGGACUUUCAGAGCUCGGGUUAUGCUAGUAUCCAUGGCUACGACAAGAUAGAUGGGUGCUGUCGGCAGGCUGAGGGGGACGAUGUCGGCUAUGUUUGGGUCGAUACCUGCUGCAUCGACAAGUCUAGCAGCGCCGAGCUCUCGGAGGCAAUCAACUCCAUGUAUGAGUGGUAUGAGAAGUCAGCUGUUUGCUAUGUCUAUCUGUCGGAUGUGCCCGCGGACGAUGACCCGUAUGAGCUGUAUUCGGCAUUUCGCUUCAGCCGCUGGUUCACCAGAGGCUGGACCUUGCAAGAAUUUCUAGCCCCGCGGAAACUGAGGUUUUUCAAUAACGAAUGGACGAGGUGCUUCGGCACAGAUAUCACUCGCCCGAGAGACAAGACGGAGCAGACGAUGAUGGACCUAAGCUAUGACUUCAAGUGGAACGAAGCACAGGUCUGCAACAUACUUGCUGCUAUAACAGGGAUUGGCAUCACGAUCGUGAGUACUGGCAACUUUGAGAUUACGACAAUGGCUCAGCGCUUCUCGUGGGCUGCUCAUAGGAAAACAACCCGUGUGGAGGAUAUGGCCUACUGCCUCCUGGGUAUUCUCCGUGUCAAAAUGCCCUUGCUCUAUGGCGAGGGCGAGGCGGCCUUCCAGCGGCUGCAGGAGGUCGCGAUCAACACGAGGAUAGAUCAGAGUUACCUAUGCUGGGGUCUUGACAUGGCAUGGCCGGAGAUCGCGGCUGCACAAAUGGCUAAUCAUGUUCUGGCUCGGUCGCCUCUAGCUUUCCAGCAUUGCGGAGGUGUGAGAAGCCUCGUCGAAGACGAUAGUGAGGCGCUCAGGACACAAUCUGUAAUCAACCAGGGACUGCAACUGGAAGUUGACGUGUUACCGGUGAAGCAGAACGGGCUCAUCUCACUCGCACUAUUGGCAUGCUACCGCAAUACGGACGAUCUAGGUCUCGCGAUACCUGUGGUACAGUUGGGUAAGACUCAUUUGUUCCGAAGACUUGAGGGCAUCCCACCUUUUCAAUUACUGCCGAGCGCGAACUUCACCAAGAAAGCGAGCAGGAGAACAAUUGUGCUUCUCGACCCCGAACGCACACAUCAUAGCAAUGCAAUGUACUAUUCGACGCCCGGGUCCGACAUGCCACGUUGGCUGUCGCCACGACGGUUCAGGGGACGCUUGCUCUACUUCUUUGGCGAACUUCGCGAGAUUGGGUUUGAUGUCGAUUCGUACUAUCCACCGGUAUGCACCUUUGACCCAGGACGCUCCUUUGUCAAGAAGUUGUCGAUAGAUCUUGAUAAGUUCAACCCGGGAUAUUUUGCCAUAUCAUUCCGCCGGGGAAAAGAUCGCAUAGCGGUGUAUUUUGAUAUUCCGGCAGGACUCACAACCUCGUCCGCACCUGUCAGGGUCCGGGCUUUCAAACUAGACCGGGGAUCGCUCUUAAGUAUGGUGCUUGCGAAACGCCGGAGGCCGUGGCGGCCUGCGUGGUUACAAUUUGAGAUCGACUCAUCCGAGAGCUGUGCGAAUCCCGGCUGUAGAGAACUCGGCCACCUUCAUCUGUCACAUGUCACGCAGGACCGAGGUGCGACGUUCUUCGUCAGUGCAAAAUACGGUGGACUGCACGAAUAUCCGGAAGACACAGAACUUUCUGACGUGUGA